CCUGGCUUCCCCGGCCGUUUGCUCCAGGCCAGCAGGGUGGGGAGGUGGGGCGCCCCCCGGGCCCCGGCGGGCUCCACGGCUGUACCCGGGCCCAUUCCGGACCUGGUCGCCCGGAUCCCCUGGCUCCGCUGGGCGCUCACAGCCACUGCGGUCGUGGCUGGCGUCCUCGUUGUUUCCUGCCUGCUCUGUGCCAUCUGCGGCCGCGGCCGCCACAGGAAAAAGCCCAGAGACGAGCAGGCCGUGGGCCUGGGCAGCGCCUGCAGCACCACCAACACCCACCUGGUGCAGCCAGGUGUGGAUAACGUGGAGCCUGGCCCUGGGGGGCCCCAGCAGUGGGAGCGCCUGCAGCCGUCCGUGGAGUACGACGUUGGAAGCCAGGCGAUCAAGGUGGGCCUCAAGCAGGGCACGGCGGACCCCUACGCCCGCGUCAGCCUCUCCCCUGAGGCCGGGUGCAGGCACGAGAUGAAGGUGCACCGUGGUACCCUCUGCCCCACGUUUGAGGAGACCCGCUCCUUCCACGUCCCCCCCGUGGAGCUGCCCCGGACCACCCCGCGGGUGCAGGUCCCCUCCCAGCACGAGCCUCUGGGCGUGCUCAGCCUGCCGCUGGGCACCGUGGAUCUGCAGCCACGAGUCCUGGAGCUCUGGCACCCUCUGGGCCCCCCCAGCGCUGCCGAGCCUGAGCAGUUGGGGGAGGUGUGCUUCUUGCUCUAGUAUGUGCCCGGCUCGGGCUGGCUGACCGUGGUCGUGCUGGAGGCCCAAGGCCUGAGCCCGGUUCUGGCAGAGCCCUACGUGAAGGUCCAGCUUGUGCUGAACCAGAGGAAGUGGAAGAAGAGAAAGACAUCUGCCAGGAAGGGCACGGCCACCCCUUACAUCAACGAGGCCUUCACCUUCCUUGUGCCUUUCAGCCAGAUCCAGAGUGUGGCUCUGGUGCUGGCCGUCUGGGCCCGGGGUCCACAGUUCCGGGCCAAGCCCGUGAGCAAGGUUCUGCUGGGCGCCCGGGCCUCUGGUCAACCCCUACAGCACUGGGCAGACAUGCUGGCCCAUGCCCGGCGGCCCAUUGCCCAGUGGCACCGCCUGCAGCCGGCCAGGGAGGUGGACAGGGCCCUGGCCUUGCAGCCCCGCCUGCGCCUGCCCUUGCCUGGCUCCUGA